GCCUUUUCGUUCCUUCGUCCAAGUCAUGCAUACAAGCGCCCUCAUGCUUCGCUCACAAGCACGAGGAAGAGCACGAGCCACUUGUGUCGCGCUCAGCUCCAGCAGCAGGGUGUUGGUCUCAGCUACGCCGGCCGCAGCUCAGCCCACCGCGUACUGUGUCACUCCUGGUCUCACCUCUCACACUGCGUCACGCCGCUACGUCUCUUCCUCCUCCACCCCGCAAGCGACCAUUCAGCCCGAUCCACCACGCAAAGCACCAGUGAUCCAGACUCCCCUUCCCUCAAUCUCCUCGACGGUUGCACGUCUCCUUCCACCCUCAGUAGACUCCACCUCCCUUCCCCUGCCCAGGGAGCAGGCCGAAUCCCUCCUCGCACAGGUCAUCGACCAAGUACGCGCUGCAGCUGAUGCCAAGACGGUGCAAGAUGCUCGUGCCGGAUGGGACCAGAUUGAUAGCUCCGUGCGGGCCAAGCUACAGGAGCAGGGAGUCGAGGCGGCCAAGUUGACAGAUCUGGCUACAUUGGUCGUGACAGCAAGCAAUGAUCCUCGUCGACAUCCCAUUGCCUUCAAUCUCUACCGCAUCGCCUUUGGCAGUGAUCCUGCACAGCUGCCAGAGAUCAAGCUGGACACCGAACAGCUGUCUUCCACACGCACAGAAGCGGAGGUAUCGUCCAGCAACCAGGCUCCCUCCUCUGGAUCCUCCUCAUCGUCGUCAUCGACGUGGGGCGACUGGCAGUCAGCCUACCAUUGGGCGACGCUGAUCCUGUCAGGUCGCGCUCCACCUCCCCCGGGUACGAUGCUCCUCCUCCCUGGCGAGCAGCGAAGUGCGCAAGCUUCACACUCUUCCGCAGCCUACCGCGUGUUUGCUCACCUGGCAACGCAGGGUCACCCUCGCGGCAUCUUCGGCAUCGGGCGUCACCUCCUCAGCACACUGGAGCGAGGAGUAGACCCAACGAGUAUGGGAGCUAUGCCUUCUACGGGGGACCACCCACAGAGGAGCAGACAGGAGACUAUCGCUGAGGUGGAACGUCUGUACAGGCUGGCAGGGGAGGGAGGAGUGGAGGAAGCCUGGUUUCAAUUGGGAGCAAUUUACGUCGAAGGCAAGUGGGUGCGCAAGGACGAAGCACGGGCGAGGUCUUUCCUAGAAGAAGGGGUGCAGCGCGAUAGUCCUAGAGCUUGUGCCGCUUUGGCGCAGCUGCUGACCAGGGAGGUGCAGCUGCCUCUGGCGCCGAGCUCGUUGAGUGGUGGGAAGGGCGAGCAGGAUUUGAGUGGGCCUGCUGCUGAGGAGAGGGAGGAGAAGCUGGGCAGGGCGCUCGAGCUGUUGGAAAAGGGAGCAGAGCUUGGUUCGGCGGACUGUGCCUUUGCUGCUGGGAUGCGAUACCUGCUCCAGGAGGCGCAGCCUAGCGAAGGUGGUGGUCAGCAGCAGGUGGACCCCUCAACAAUGAUGGACACGUCGCUGGACCCUUCCUCAUCAGGCAAGGCAACCUCCUCCUCCUCUGCAGCCGACGCCGCCUCCCUCGCCCACGAAGCCCACCGCGCAAAGCAUGGCGUCUCUCCCUCGAACUCUCGUGCCUCUCACUGGCUGAAGCGCUCCGCCGACGGAGGCAACGCAGUAGCCAUGAUGAACCUCGCCCGCAUGCACCUCGAAGGUCGCGUACCCCCCUCUCCCACUCAGAACGACGGUGGUGACCCACGCAAGCUCCAGCUUGUCCAAGCGGCCGACCUCUACUCCAAGAUCCUCGCUAGGGCCAUGGGUCCCGAGGGACAACGGGCGAAAGCGCUCAAGGAGAUUCAGAAGAAGAUGGCUGAGCAGGCUAGCGGAGGCGCGAAGGGUGGGCAGGCGUCGACGUCCAGCCCGCAAGGUGUGCGUGAGCCUGGGCUUGGAGCAGGUGGGGCUACGGGACUGGAUGAUCUGGGGGCGAGGGCGGAGGAGGGGUUGAGGAUGGUGAGGGAGGAGAUGGAGAUGAUUGCGGGCGAGCAGAGAUGACGUGAUGCCAGAUAGAGAUAAAGGCGACCUCAAUCAGAAGAUGUGUGUUCACCGGAUGAGCAUGUGUAAUCUAUUGCAUCAUCUAG